UAACUGCGGGUAUCUACUUGACGCGGUUCAGCAUAAAUAAUUUGCAUUAUUAUUGUGAUUUUUUUUAGUGGUUUUAUCAUAACAACUACCUAUAACAAGUAUAGAGUUAUGUAGCAGAUUUGAUUACUAUUUUAGUAUUCAAAGUAAAAGUAUUUCACGAAUUUGUAUUGAUAGUUGCUAUAUCAAAAUCGACAUUUGUAAAAUAAAAAGGACAGGAAGAAUCCGAGGCGGUCACAGAUGGGAAAGAUUCAUUCCCAUUUGCCUCCGCCAGCCAGAGAUGGGAAUGGAUCCUUCCCGUUUGUGCCCGACGGAGACAGAUGGGAAUACACCAAUUAAACUUUACUGACAAUGACAUGUGACUCUUCAUUCUAGCAAUCUUUAACAGUUACAUGUUGGUUAGUCACUUUGGCAUCCUUGGCCGACUCGGUACGAAUAGGCCCGCGACAUUUCAUCACUUGAUUCGAGUUAUCACCUCGGACGAAUAUACAUACAUUUGCACAUUGUCAUGUGCUGUAAUAUUUGCAAACAAAAGGCCUAUUUAAAGAGAACAUUCUCAAUUUUGAAUCAGUAUACUCUUUUGUCUUCAGUUCACAAUGAUUGCUUUGAAAGUAGUGUUUCUCGCCGUUUUAGCAGUCACUUUGGCUGCUGAAGACGCACCCGAACCAAAAGUAGAAGUCCUGACUGAGAGAACAUUCGUCAAAGAAGAUGGAUAUAAUUUCGAGUACAAAUUAAGCGACGGCGUCUCCCGGCAAGAAGAAGGCUCUCUGAUCACGGUGGGCGAUCACCAGGGCAUCGGUGUUCGUGGCCAGUACUCGUACGUGGCUCCUGAUGGCCAGGAGUACACGGUCACUUUCACAGCUGAUGAUAAAGGCUUCAAUCCAGUCAUCCGCGCCUCACCCGCUAAAGGACAAUAAAAUAUUUUUAAAAGUU